ACAUGCGGUGAAUGGAACAUGUGGCUAGAUUGCCAAUAAUAGCGCGGUAGUACGUAUCAGUUGCAACAAACUUGAACGGACAACUAGUAAACAUUUUUGUAAUUUCGUUCAUCUAAUUUAUGAAAAUUGUAUCAUAUUCAUAUUAUACAAUUUGCGACCAAUUUUAUCUAAUUCAGAAGAUCUACCUAUUUUACCACUUGCAAAAAUUGACGAGUUGAAUGCAAGCAUUGUUAUUGACUGUAAAGCAGAAAAUACAGUAGAAUGCCGUUUCUAUUUACUCUGUGUCUGUAAGACAGUGAGAUUAAGAGGUAUACCCCAUUACUGCACUGUACUAUGUCUUAUCUGAGCAUGGAAGGACUCAAGCUAUCAUACCAACAUGAUGCACCCAUUUAUGAUCUCUCGAGUGGAGACAGCAGCAGUGACGAUGAUCUGACGUCAGAAGACGAGGAUGAGGUUGAGGAUGUCAUGGAAGAUGCCACUAUUGAGUACCCGGAGCUAGCCAUGGUUGCACAGGAUAAAGAUUCCUUCCCUGAAUCCAGCUUUGCUGACUUCAGUAGCCAUGUCAAUGAAUCUGAUGAUUUUGUACAGGAAAUUAACUUCAACUUUGAUAACAGUGAAUACCAGCCACUAUUCUACAACCCAGUUGAAAAUGAUGAGUUUUGUGUGCUGCACAACAGCGUGUGUGAAGAAGGCUUGAAGAGCAUUACUGAUGCUCCCAAUGCGGAUAAUCAAUGUCUUGCUUCACCAAGCGUUUCAGCUGCUGUACCCAGCGAAAUACUACAAGCUGACCUCAGCGAGGUCCUCAAAUUAGCUGAAGUUGCUUGUGACGUUCUUUCUUCACACCAAAGCUCUGAGGCAAUCUCUGAGCAGUUGGCCAAAGAAGAGGAGUGCGAGGCGCCAGCACCAUUGUUGGACGAGGAGCGUCUUCCCGUAUUCAAGACCGUCAAAGUGGCGGGCAGAGCCUUGUCGUCGGAUCCAGAAGUUAUGGUUACUAAUGCCAGGCAGCAAGACAAGCAGCUUGAUACUUCAUUGCUUCUAGACGCCUUGGUAUCCAAUGCUCUCUCUGACUGUGGGGCCCCCGCGGAGUCAUCCAAUGUUUUGACGACUCCCAAUUUCUCUAAGCGCGUGCCUGCUGAAGAAGACUCGAAUAAGGAGACUUCAGCAACAGAUUUUUCCCGCGAAUCUUCGCAAUCAUCUGUUUGUCGUAUACCGCUAUCAGGCAGGGGUAAAACCGGUCAAAAAAAUUACGCUUCUGCCGGGUCGCCACCUGGAAAAACUACAGGCAAAGCCAAAGGUAAUAGCGGUAAAAAGAAGACCACCCAAACGCGCCGCUCCCGCAAUUCACGCGCUGGUAAAAUUCCUGCCGAGCAUCAUGCGUCUGGAAGUUCCAGCAGUGAUUGCUUUGAAGAUGAUGACUGGUUGCCUGAUAGACCAAUAACGCGAAAUUUCUGUAGCAAUAUUGAUAAAAUUAUCAACCGCGCCGCACGGUCUAGAAAAAGUAAAUCUCGUAACAAGAUCAAUGAAACAAAUUCUCAAGAUGUUUCGAGUUCUGUGGCGAACACUCCAGGUCGAGUAAGCGAUUCAGUAGAGCUUGUGGAAGACGAAGAGCGGCGAGAAGGUUCCACAGAGCCGAGUUUAGCGACGGGCGGGCCCGUGUUGCACCAACCAGCAACUGACGUUACGAUGAUCAACGCUGAGCACUGCAACGCCACCGAGACGUACCAAGAUGACAUUCUGGGGGAAGACUUGAGCGACAUGUUCCCCAUUCACCUCAAUGAAGCCAUCGAAGAAACUGGGCUCAACAUCAGCGACCUGGCCCUCAGUUCUUCUUGCACCUUCGAAGACUUACGGUGCAACGGCAACCCUGUUGGAGAGGUGGUGGUGCAGUUCUCCGAUGUCGUGACACAUCCUCCAUCAUCAGCAAAUUCACGGCUUCUUUCAAAGUCUGACGUGAUAAGCACUCCUCGUGUUCAGCUCAGUCAUGAGUCACCUACCAGCGCUGCUAAAAGUGUUCAUAAAACUAAUGACUUGACAAACAGUUCUUCUGCUGCUCCUAUUGUGCCAGUUUCUUUACCUCAGCCACCAAUUUCAUUAAAAAAAACUCCUCAACCUUUAAUCAACAGUGUCGCCGCGCCUUCAUCUAGCUCAAGGUCUGUCGAAAACCUCUCUUCAAUGAACAGUUCUGUGUUGUCAAGGCCAAGCCCUGGAUAUCACGCUGAUUUGUCGGCGACGCCUAAUGGAAUUUCAGGACCCGAUGGACUUCCCUCGCUUGUGACAAGAGACGAUACAGCGGCCAUACAAUCUCCUGUCCCAGGCACUGAUGUUCGCCCUGGCUCCGUCGUACUGGCCAUUAUCGACGCGUCAGGCAAUUUAGUGGCUGUCCCCAACACGUGCAUGUCGCUUGAGGAAAUAAAUUCUGCAGUUACCUCUCAUGACUUGAGGUCGUCACUUGCUAGUCUGGCCGCACCAGCGAAGACUGAAGUUCAAACCAUCAAUUCUGAGAUGUGUCCGAUAAUGGACAUAAAACCAAGUAUACAUCCCUCCAGUGCAUCCAACGGUGUCAAGUCAAAUCAGUUGGAUGUGAAUUUGUUCUCCGACGAUGUCGAAGUGAAAACGGAAAAAUUCCCUGAAGUAUUGGAGGCACAUACAGCUGCCUGUCCUCCUAUGGAUCAGAUUCGCAUCAAAGCUGAACCAGACUCUCCAUGCUGGAACUCUACGGCUGUGAAGUCCCCACCUUUUGUGGCAGUGAAAUGCGAGGUGGAACCAUGCGAUGAAGCUCGUGUCAACUCGCCGCGCACCAGCCCACUCAAGAAGGCCUACACUGUGAAGAAGGAAGUGCACUCUUCGCCUGACCGUGAUGAUAGCGUCAUCUCUGCCAUGCUAGAUCAAUCGCAGACAGAGACGCUGGAAAAGCCGCCUGAACAACUUGGCAAACUUCACCUCAACAUUGGGAGCAGGCAAUUAUCAGCGAGUCCAGCGUUUGAAGUGGUUAUCGUGGGGCCAGAAAAUAAAAUAAAAUCAGAAUUUUCAGCUGAUUUUACUACUGACUUCAAAAAUCAUGUUGCCAUUGACAGCGACUGCGGCAGAGACGCCAACGUGAACGACACCUGUGAACCGAACGCCAUUGAUGGCUGUAGCAAACCCGAUCAAAUAAACAGCGGAUCAGACUCCAACGAUCCUACAACUGUUCAAUCCAUCAGGAAGAAAAUAAAAGUGUCCGACUAUUUCAAACGUAAGAGCACUAAAUCUGCUGCUGAAGAAGAAAACUCGAAUCUCCCAGUUGAUCCUGCCUUCAAGCAUGAAACAAAAAUACGUCUUGUCAAAAAGGCUAGUGAAAAAAUUCAACAGCGCCCCAAAAUAACGAACAUCAAGUCUAUGCUAUCGAAAGAUAUACCUUCGUACUCUUCUCCAGUUGACGUUUCUGGAAAGCAAACGCCUUCUGCUGUAAUCUUAAAGUCUGAAACUGGUACCAAAGAUAAUCGUGCUGUACAUGCCAACAGUAAUUCUAAGUGCCCUCCUGCAGGUUUAAAAAUUGAGGCUAAACAGAACAAUGUUGAGCAACAAAUUGAAAAGAACAAAACUGAAACUAUCUCGAAAAACGGAAUUUUUAAAAUCACGAAACCUUCUAACGUAACUGAUUCUAUUCCGAAAAGUUCCGCCGCAACGCAGAAAGAAACCGCGGGCAGAGCGCAAAAAAGACUACUUACUUCUCAAAGUAAUGCUACUGUGAACAGUGACUCUGCUCCGAGCUCUGCUAACAAGAUCUCGUCUUGUUCCGAGUCCUCGGCCACGACACAGCCCAUUGACCCAAACGCGUCCCCGCCCUCACAGCGCCCUGAUCGCUCCUCCAACAAUGAGCUAGACAGAGGUCGUCGGUCCAGCUCGCAGUCUUCAUCGUCAUCGUCGACGAGCAGUUGUGAUUCUCGCGUCCGAACGACUCGGCGUCGUAAACGCGCUCGGUCGUCGCUCACCAUGUCUCCUGUUCCGCGCAGAAAAAAGCGCGCCAAACGAUCGCGUAGCAGACACAAAAGUCGACGAAGAGAUCGCAAGCGUUCCAGAAGUUCAUCAGGACGGUCGCGCUCAUCGUCACAAGGCCGUCGUCAUCGCCGCCACCGGUAUUCUUUGUCGCCGUCCAAGUCGCGCUCUCGCUCGUCCUCUUACGACCGCUACAAGAACAAGAAGCGCUCAAACAAGCGCGCAAGGUACAGCCGGUCCAGGUCGCGUUCCUUCUCCCCCAACACGGUGUACAGAGUCGGUUGUGCCUGUGGUGGCGGUGACCCAAAAUUCGUGGGUCACUUGCCUUCUUGUCAACAUUUUCAGAGCGAUAUCAACUACCGAACUCCAGAGCUUCAGAACUAUUACAUGCAUCCACAAUUCCACCAUCAAAUGCCUCCUCAUAUGUACCCGACGUCUCCUUCAUACCCAUACUCUGCUGCUCAGCCAUAUUUCGGGUACUCGGCUGACUACUGCGCCCCCUACGCGCCUGGUAGACACGCUGAGUAUGAAGCUUCAUCAUACGCUAGAACUGCUCGGCCUAUUUCAUCCGCCGAGCAAGCGCUGCGAAUGAAAGAGGUGGAGGAACGGUUGGUGGUGUACGUAGGACGUAUUCCUGAGGACACUACCAAGGACAGUCUGAGGGAACGCUUCAAGAAGUUCGGGACGAUCACCAACGUGAGCCUGCACUUCAGAGACAGGGGGGACAACUACGGCUUUGUAACGUUCAUGAACAGCACAGAAGCGAACCGUGCCAUCGAGAACGGUAAUAAGGGAGAAGCGUUACAGUUCGACUUGUGUUUUGGAGGACGACGCCAGUUUUGUCGACAACAGUACAAAGACCUUGACGCCCAGCCUGCUGUGGGUGGUGCGAGCGACCAGUCCAUGGGGUCAUACGACGCCCUGCUUGCCAUGAUGAAGGCACGCCCACGAUGACCAUGGCUAGGAUUAGGUUAUCUUAUUACUCCUAUUGUGGGACGUUCCGUCAUGGUGCUUCUGUUUAAAUAUCCACUCAUUUUUUGUGUCUUGUUUUACUAUUUUUACAUCCCGAGGCUACAGAAACUCGGAACUUCGGAAUAUCAUUCCGUUUUUGCGUAUUUAAAUAUGGAUCUGAUGCCAGUUUCCUGACUUCAUUUAGGUAGACUUAUGAAUGUACAUCCUACACCCGUUUUUAAUUCAAAACUUAAGAAGUCAUCAUGGAGUUGCUGUGCAUCGUGUUUCAUUUUUAACCGCGGAUAACUUUUUUUGAGAGUUCGCAUAUACUCCUAGAAACUUUACUAUCUUUGACUAUCAUACACUUUUCUUACACCUUACACAUUGUAUCUUCUUAUGGUUGAACGUAUGAUCCUAUAAUUGUUCAACUGAAACCAUGCGGUAUUCUUCACCAAUUAAAAUCAUUCCUUAAGAAGUAUUUAUGCUGACCUGUCGUUAUGACCAUGCAGUUGAUCAUAACGAAAUGCAGUGCUCUAUCUCCAAUGGAAAGUAUUGAAGGUGUUGUUUUUGUGGUGAUUUUCCGUCAAUGCCUGAUCCUAGCAAAAUAAAUUCACCGCAAAA